AUGGGUAGUUGGGAUGGAAAUUCGUGGUCAUGGAAUCUGCUGUGGCGUCGUCCGCUUAGAGAAAGGGAAGGCAGAAUGUUGCUGAAUCUUAUGACGAGACUUAAUCAAGUUACACUCCGUCAAGGGAUUGAUGAUAAGUUACUUUGGCUUAAUAACUAUGAGGAGGGAUACCGGGUAAGUUCUGCAUAUGCUCAUAUUAAAGGCUUCUGGAAUUCUGAACCUGAAUCUAUCUUUAAGCAAAUUUGGAGGCUGAUUGUACCUGCUAACAUCAAGUCUUUCAUGUGGAAAGUGUCAUGGGAUAGAUUGCAGACCAAAAUUAAUCUUGCUAAGAGGGGAGUGGCAAUUGACGAGGAUGGUUUGAAAUGGCUGGCAUAUGAUCUGGUGUUACCUGAGGAUUGUAGAACUCAUUUCCUUCAACACUCUCAGAAUCGCUGGAAGAAAAAACAGAAAAGAUGUUGGAAUUCGAUUUGGGCAGCGGUGGUGUGGUCAAUGUGGGUAGCUCAUAACAAUGUAGUAUUCAACAAUGAGGCUGCAGAUUCAGAACAGAUUUUUGAAAUGAUCCAGUGGCGGUCUUGGAGCUGGUUUUCUGCAUUGGAGAAGGAAUUUAGAUGUUCUGGAAAGUUGGCAGCUGCUAACUUAUUUGUUUCUUGGCACAUACUUCUGGGGCCAUGGUAA